GUUGUUAUCAACUGUGGAAUGUUUUAAACUUUCUAGGGUAAUCGGCAGCCUUUGUUAAUUCAAAUUGAAGUUGGGUAGAUCAACAGAGUAAAUAAAACAGACCGCUAAAAAUGGAGAGGGGCAUUUUCGGUUUAAACUUUAACCCGACCAAAAUAUUAUCAACGCGCUUAUAAAGUUUAGUCGCGAACAGAUGUGCAUAGACGUAUGUCGUACUGAAACGAGAACUGCGCAACGCGUGUGCUAUUACUCGAUAUUUUUAAAUACUUCAUUUGUUUACCUCUGAUUUCUGUACGGUUUUUGGCGUUUUUUGUUAGAUGACUUAGUGUUAGUGAUAUUACAAUGGAAUUGCAUUCUAGGAACACAUCGCUUAGGCAUUUGCCAAAAAGACCUCCUAUUGAUAUUGAAUUUCACGAUGUCAGUUACACUGUGCCCCAAGGAAGAAAAGGAUCCAAAUUAAUUUUAAGAAGCGUGAAUGGUAGUUUCCAGGCUGGUCAAUUGACAGCAAUCAUGGGUCCUUCUGGAGCUGGAAAAAGCACAUUGUUAAAUAUAUUAGCAGGGUAUAAAACACUAGGAGCGACAGGGCAAAUCUUGAUAAAUGGAACGACAAGAAAUUUAAAACAAUUCAGGAAAAUGUCUAGGUAUAUUAUGCAAGAGGAUCUAAUCCAACCAAUGUUGACUGUGGAAGAAGCCAUGAUGAUAGCAGCAAAUUUAAAGUUAGGAGGCACGUUGAGUCCAAGUGAUAAAUCUUUGGCGAUAGAUGAAAUUUUAAGUUUACUACGAUUAGACAAAGCAAAAAGAACUAGUACAAGUAGGUUAUCCGGAGGAGAACGAAAAAGGUUAUCUAUAGCUUUGGAACUAUUAAACAAUCCUCCUGUUUUAUUUCUAGACGAGCCAACUACGGGUUUAGAUGAUCUGUCGUGUUCCCAGUGUAUUUCAUUACUGAAGAAGAUCGCCGAAGGUGGUCGAACUGUGAUUUGCUCUAUACAUACACCAAGUGCCAAAAUAUUUUCACAAUUUGACAACGUUUAUAUUUUAUCGGACGGACAAUGCGUGUAUCAAGGUUACGGACCCGAAGUAGUAUCCUAUUUAAGUAAAGUAGGAAUUGAAUGCCCUAAACACUAUAACCCAGCAGAUUUUAUUAUAGAAGUUUGCUGUAACGAAUAUGGUAAUUUCCAAGAACGGAUGGUAUCUGUGAUAGACAAUGGUCGCAAUAUUUAUAAAACUUACGGUAACGUACCACAACUAGAAGAAGUCGAACUCUCCGAUAGGGUAGACAAUCGAAGCAGUAUUUCAUCAAUAUCGAUAAAAGAAGAAGUGUACUCGGAUUUAAGUUCGUCAGAUUUUAAUCACGAGUCUAGCUGGUUUAGUCAGUUCUGGAUCCUAACCACCCGAUUAUGGGUGCAGAUGUGGAGAGAUAAAACUUACUUAGUAAUGAGGACUGUCCUAUAUGUGGUCCUUGCACUUCUAAUAGGAUCACUAUAUUAUGGAAUGGGCCAGGAUGGGUCAAAAACCAUUUUUAAUUUCGGUUUUUAUUACUGCUGCCUUAUAUUUUUCAUGUAUAUUCCUAUGAUGCCAAUGCUACUACAGUUUCCUCGAGAAAUUCAGUUAGUGAAGAGAGAACAUUUUAACAAAUGGUACCGACUCAGUGCAUAUUUCUCAGCAUUGUCCUUCUCGACCGUGCCAGUACAACUUUGUCUUGGAAUUGUGUAUGUAUCGUGUGUUUACCUUUUAACUGACCAACCGUUAGAGCUCCGUAGGAUGUCAAUGUUCUUUUUCAUUUGCAUCUUGACCAGUGUAAUUUCUGAAAGUCUUGGACUUCUGAUUUCUGCUCAAUUGAAAGUUGUGAAUGCUGUAUUUAUGGGUCCAGUGUCUUCUGUUCCUUUCAUGCUACUAGCUGUCUACGGAUUCGGAUCUGGUUAUGACACUAUUCCAUCUAUAAUAAAAUUCUUCAUGCACUUUAGCUACCUCAGGUACUCGCUGGAAGGGUUGAUUCACGCUAUGUUAAAAGAUAGAGAAAAGCUAAGCUGCCCGGAUACUGAAGAAUACUGUAUAUACACAGACCUCAACUUCUUCGUAAAGGACAUGGGCAUGGAAAACACUAUUUAUUGGGUUGACGUUUUGGUGCUAAUAUUUAUUUUAAUUCUCUUCAGGGGUGGUAGUUAUUAUCUAUUACGACAAAGAUUAACUCCUAACAAAACAUUUAGGGCUUUACAGUAUAUUGGAAGAUUGGUUAAAUCACAGUUUGGAAUAGCACGAUGAUACGAGAAUGUUAGUUUAUGUUUUUAGUUAAUCUUAUUAUAUUUUAAGUGAUAUUAUUACGUAGGAUAUUAGGAACUUGGGUAAUUGUCUAUUAAUUUAAGUGAUAUUUUUAAAGGAGUCAUUGUUAUAACUUUGUAAAAUAUUGUAGUCAGAAUUAUUUUUUAUAUAGAUUAGUUUUAAGUAGGAAAUAACUACAAAAUUAUAUACUUACCAUUAAAUAAAAAAUAU